UUCAACUAAAGAGAUGGAGCUGAAGAGUGAAGGAGGAGGAGGAGGAGAUAAAGUCACAGUAUAUAUACACACAUCAAUCUGUGCUGAAGGCAGAGCGAGUGAACAAAACAACCCAACAACUCCAGGACAAGAGAAGCUCAUACUUCUUCAGCUAUGGCAGACGAAAGCUUUAAACAGGAGUUCCUGGACACUCACAACCAGUACCGUGCGCAGCAUCAGGUCCCGGCGCUGACGUACAGUGAGGGUCUGUGCGGCACGGCUCAGAAGUGGGCAGAACACAUGCUGAGCAAUAAAUCGUUGAGCCACAGUAACACUAGCGAUGGGGAGAAUGUGUUUUAUGCCUUUAGCUCCCAAAAAAAGACACCCACAGGGAAGGAGGCUGUAGACUCGUGGUACAGUGAGAUCAAAGACUACAACUUUGACACACCAGGACAUCAACCCAAAACAGGGCAUUUCACCCAGAUUGUGUGGAAGUCGUCCACAGAGCUGGGAGUUGGGAUGGCUACUGAUGGAAACACGGUUUUUGUCGUUGGUCAGUACAGACCUGCUGGAAACAUAACCAACGCUGGUUACUAUGAGGAAAAUGUUCUGCCUAAAGCGCAAUAAUGAUUGUUUUCUUUCUUUCUUUGUUGGAUUUGAAUUUCUCCAAAUGUAAACAUUUGCAUGAUUUUGGCAGAUGCUUUUAUUCAAAGUGACUUAUCAUAUGAAAGACAGGCCUGUAAUAAAUCAAAUCUUGUGUGUGUGUUGUUUUAAUAAAGUCAUUGCAUCAAAA